GCAAGGACGUUUUAGCCCCAUAUUUCUACUGCUCACACCUGACUAUCUAAGUUACUUGCUGAUUUUGAAAAUUAAUUAGCAAAUAAUAAAGUCGAGGAUUUGUAUCCGAUGUCUAUCAAUAAACGUUCUUCAUGUUACCAAGGUUAACUGUUGCAAAUCGCACUAUAAUUCAUUAUUAUUAACCAUCUCAUUCUGAAAUUUCGUGGUUAUUAACUUCAUCACAAUAAGCCUCAGGAAAAUUUUAUCGUUUCAGUGAAGUAGUUUAUAAAAUUUCAUAGAAACAUCUAGUUGAAGAUUAUACAAUUAAAACUCAGAACCAAAUGUUACCUAACCAUACACCACCGUACACUAGUGAUACCACUGAUAUUUCUGAAUCCAGUUCCAGUUCAGGUUUAUUUUUUAACAACCAACAGAUAAACUCAUCAUCAGUCGACCUGGUUGCUCCUGACUCUAGUGUUAGUCCUCAAAUCAAUCAAAGCUGUCAAUCACCGUUAGUUGAAGCUAUCUCAUCCCACACGACAGAUAAAGCAAAAAGUAUUUCUAAUCAGCUUUCGGCUAACUCUAGUCAUGAGUCGUUAUCAUUAAGUCUGGAGGAAACUGAAAUCAUUCCAAGUUCCGAAUUAGUUCAGGAGGUUUCAGAAAAUGUAGACACUUAUCAACCUACUGAUCAAUUACCAGAUGACAAAAAUUUAUUUAGUGAUUCUAAUCAUCAAUCUGAGAACUUAUUACUUCACAAACAAAUUGAAACAUUAACAUGUAAACUCUUGGCAUCACAAGAUCAGAUUGGUCGGCUUUUGGAAGAAAAACGUAUUUGGGUUGAAAACAUGCAACAUUCAAUUAAUUCUAAAGAAUCAAAUCAUCAAGUAACUCCAGGUGAGCUGCGUGGAAGAUGGCUGCAAGCUAAGAAUUUAGCUGAAACAUAUAAACGCGAUAAAGAAUCUAUGGUCAUUAAAUAUGCACAGGAUCUUGCUCUGGCUCGUGAAAAAAUUGAAAGUUUGUCUAAAAAGCAGUCCUCUGAUGCAUCCCUUAUCAGUACAUUAACGUCUAAACUAUCUCAAGUUCAAGAAUCACUUAAAAGUGAACAAAAGAAAUCUUCAUCUUUGAGUGAAAAUUUGAACCGUGUUAACAGGUCUCUAGAAUGUGCACAAAAACAAGCAAAGGAAGCUGAACGUCUUCGUGAACGUGAAGCUGAACGCCUCUGUUCAGAAGUUGCACUUCAAGAAGCUCAAGCUAGUUUAAAACAAUGUAGAAAUGAAAAUGAUACUCUAAAGCAACAAUUGAAAGAAUUUGAAACUGUCAAAGAUAAUCUGGAAAAAUCCCAAUCUCGUAUAGAUAUACUUACCAGUGAGUUAUCAUCUGCAAAUGAUAUGAAAUUAGAGUUACAAUCAUGUAAACGUCGUAUUGACCAGUUAUCAGAUUUUACACGUCGUCUAACUGAACGUCAUGCAAAUUUACAAGCUGAGCAUCUAGUUACACUUAGUUCACUAGAAGAAACUAAAAAUUUAUUAAUUGAGAAAGGCGAAGAAAUUGUACAACUCAAUGAAAAGCAUGAAAAUGAACGUAAAGAGUCAGAAGAGAAAAUGGCUACAAUUCGAUGUGAAUUCAAUGAUUUAUCUGUAAAGUUGAAUAAACUCAAUGAAUCAGAGAAUUGGCUUAAAAUUCAGUUAAAAGAAGAAAAAGAACGUGCUACUGCUAUUCAUAAACGUGAUAUUGCACGAAUUAAAGAUAUCACUCGUGAAGUAACACGUUUAUCACAUCAAAAAAGUCAAACAAACCAAUCAGAUUGUUAUUGUUUGACAAACAAUUCUCCAUCCGAUUUAGAAAAUGAAUUGAAUUCAAAAUCAUCUACGAACUCUUCGAAUGGUUCAUUGAAAUCUUUAAACUUGAAUCAGAUUACUACCGAGCGAGAAAAUGAAAAAAAUGUUAAUCCUUUAUCAACAGUAUCAAUGAAGCAGAGUAUACUAACCAAUGGAUUCGAUUCUUUAUCAUCACCAAUUGACAAUCAUAAUAAAAUUGAUGAUUAUGAAUCAACCAUUGAUGAUAUUUCAUUUAAUCUCAAAUGUUCCGAACGUAAUGUUCUCCUAGAGAAAAUUGAUCGUCUUCAACGCAAUCAAGUUAAAUUAACAGAUAAAAUUGAAUUUUUUCAAGAACAUUGUUAUCAACUCACAGAAGAAUUAAAUAAAAAGAGUAAAAUUAUUCAGAAUCUUCUAGUUUCACUAGAUAAACAUCAUGAAUCAACAAAUUCCUAUAUUAAUGAACAUAAUCAUAAUAACAAGAAAAUAUUAAAUAUAAAUCAAAAGUAUAAUUCCAUCCUAUCUUCAUUAUCUGGUAGUGGUAGUAGUAGUGGCGGUGGUAUUAAAACCAAGAAAACUAAUGAUACAGGAUUAUGUGUUGAUGGUAAUUGUCAAAAACUUCAAAAUUUACUGGAAGAUACAAUAUUUAAGAAUGUAACAUUGAAAGAAAACUUAAAUAAAUUGGGUUUGGAAAUAUCCAGUUUACGUUUAACUCAUGAACGUCUAUUAAACUCACUUUGUCAUUCAUGUAAAUUGACCAUUGAAAAUUUGCUUAAAACACCACAACAUUCAAAUAAUAGUAAUAAUCAUUCAAUUACACAAAUUAAAUCAGAACCACCAAUAUUUCAAAAUGGCGGUGUUAGUGCGUAAGAAAGCAAAAAAAAAAGAAAAUCUCAUCUGCACUAUGUUUAUAUAUACUGUUGUUGUUAAAUAUUUUUAUUACUAUUAUUUAAUUGAACCUUUCAAAAAAAUUGCCAUGUUAUAUUUAUUAAGUAAUUUUAAUUUUGACUAAGUUUCCAUCGAUUUGUUUCAGCAUAUUUUCAUGCAUAUCGAUUUUUUCCUUUUUUUCCUGUUUUUACCUGAUCUACUUAUGCAUUAUUACAAUACAUUUCAAUUUAUUGUAGCCACUUUACUGUUUUCGUUCAUUGAUAAUAAUAUACACUUUAGUAACUAAUCUUUAUAAAUAAUUAAUUAUUGUAUCUAUCAUUAAACAACUCACUCACUUGCUCUCAUAUAUCUGUGAUGUUUUUUUAUUAAAAAAAGCGUACAACAUCAACCGCCUGUUUAUUAUUAAUCUUAAUGAAUAUAUAUAUUUUUUUGUUUAUGAUUAUUUUAUACAAAUUUUAUUUGUUUUCUUGAUUAUUAUUUUGAAAAGAAUUAUUUUUUCUGUUGUUGUUGUUGUUAUUUGUUUGUUUGUUGUAAUUGUUGUUGCAUUGUAUUCAUUGUUUAUGUUUAAUGAUGUGUAUUUUUGUUGAUCAGAGUUUUUUUGUCUGUGUAUAUAUAUGAUAUACAUACAUACAUUUUAUCGAAUUGAUGAUGUAUACAUAUACUGAGAUCAGAUUGGUAAAUUUUUUCGUAUUUCUUAUAUUUUGACAGAAUUUGCUAAUUUUUUUUAAUUGUUUACAAUUGUAGUUUGUUUUAUGAAUUCUGUACAAUACAAUAUGUUCAAUAAAUUUUAGUGUUACUGGAGAA